AUGGAAGUGAUAAACAACACAAUGACAUUGUCACUGGAUGACAACCCAGAGUUACAGACAUAUCAUGAAGAGAUAUUGAACACAUUGUCACAUAUACUUGGUCUACUUUUAUGUUUACCAGCUGUCUUCUUCCUGAUAUCUGUUGCAAGAAUGAGAGGAACUAGACUACACGUCAUAUCCUGCACAAUAUAUGGUCUAUCAUUGAUGACAAUGUACUUUUGCUCAUCAUUAUACCAUUCAGUUGGAAUAUUCAUUCAUUUGGAACAGUACAGGAGUCAGUUGAAGGAUCUGGAUCACUGCGCCAUUUAUAUGCUCAUUGCUGGAACAUAUACACCAUUGACAUUAAUCAACUUGGUACACAAUAACUCAAAUAAGGAGAUCACAACACCAAAGGCCGUCAAGAUUGGCUGGCUGAUGUUUGUAGUCGUCUGGAUGAUGGCUGCCGUUGGCGUGCUCAGCAAGAUGAUCCUGGGUGCCAACCACAUCCCAGACUUCUUCUCCAACGCCACCUACCUCAUCAUGGGCUGGGUGUCACUACUCGGAGUGAAAGAUCUCAUUCAACAUCUGCCGCGCAAGGGACUAAAGUUGCUGAUUUCCGGUGGCUUGGCAUACACAAGUGGCAUCGCCUUCCUCAUCUGGGAGACCACGCCCUUCAACCAUGCCAUCUGGCAUCUGUUUGUUGGUGCCGGUUCCAUCCUGCACUACUUUUGCAUACUGGAGUGCAUCAUCCCGUCGAGGAAGGAUGGUCAUGCCAGCGUCAUAAUCGACAACUUUGACUUUGCCGAGCAGCAACUGAGCCUUGUCUUCUUUGGCAGUCGUGGUCGUCGCCAGAAGUUCAUCGUACGUUACAUGAAGACCCUGUACCGUCUGCUUAUUGGCUGGGCAUUUGGCGCAUCCACCGUGAUCUCAUCGCCACAACCAGUCAACAAGAAGACGAAA